UGGUCAUUCUUCCUUAUAGGAACAAUUAAAGGCCAACAUCGCGAACGGAGAAAGGAUGUAUACAAAACAUAGGUGUGGUUCUAGGUCAAUCCCUGUUAGAGUAGAAAAACUGGCACGAGAAAAGAAGAUGCUACCUGAUCUAGCAGAGUUGUACAAGGAAACUCACUAUAAUGAGAAAACACAUGAGUGGAUCUCAUCUCAAGCUCAGUGUAAUUAUGAAAAUAUGAUACAGACACAGGCUGAUCACCUCUCACAGCCGAGAUCAACCUCUUUGACUGCAGAAGAGCUAUCAAUCAAAGUCCUAAAGCCAAGGUCUGGCUAUGUGAAGGGACUUGGCAUGAGACCUUCAUCCUCUAUUAGGAGGACCACUACCAUAUAUGCUAAAACAAAUGAUUUUGUGAAGUACCUUGAGAUGCAAAUAGAGACACAGAAGGAACAAAUACAAAUGCAAAACAAUAAAAUAGAAACUCUUGAAGAGGGUAAGAAGAAGCAAGAGGAGAUAAUGGCUGAUGUUGUCAAUUUUUGA